CUAGCCCAGCUGCUCUCAAUCUGCCGGUGGCUUCCGCCCCUUCAUGGCUGCAUCCCACCCAGCCGAGCCUCCUCCAGUUGUGGGAGCCCCGCACUGAGCAGCGCGGACGUGGACCCAUUAAGGCAGAACAACCCCAGGAACUAGAGUGGCACCUGGGAGUCUGACAAGGACUUGGGAGAGGUCGCCUGUCAGGGAUCGGGAGCUGCAGCCCUCACAUGGAGUCCCCGGUCCAGAUCUUCCGCGGGGAGCCAGGCCCCACCUGCACCCCAAGUGCUUGCCUACUCCCCAACAGCAGUGCUUGGUUCCCGAACUGGGUAGAAUCAGACAGGAACGGCAGCAUGGACUCAGAAGAGCAGCAACUGGAGACGGCGCACGUUUCCCCUGCCAUCCCUGUCAUCAUCACCGCUGUCUAUUCAGUGGUGUUCGUGGUGGGUUUGGUGGGCAACUCGCUGGUCAUGUUUGUCAUCAUUCGAUACACGAAGAUGAAGACAGCAACCAACAUAUACAUUUUUAACCUGGCUUUGGCAGAUGCUUUGGUUACCACCACCAUGCCCUUCCAGAGUGCUGUCUACUUGAUGAAUUCCUGGCCUUUUGGGGACGUUCUGUGCAAAAUUGUAAUUUCCAUAGACUACUACAACAUGUUCACCAGCAUAUUUACCUUGACCAUGAUGAGUGUGGAUCGCUACAUUGCUGUGUGUCACCCCGUGAAAGCCUUGGAUUUCCGCACACCUUUGAAAGCAAAAAUCAUCAACAUCUGCAUUUGGCUUCUGUCCUCAUCUGUUGGCAUAUCAGCGAUCGUCCUGGGAGGCACCAAAGUCAGGGAAGAUACGGAUGUCAUUGAGUGCUCCUUGCAGUUUCCUGAUGAUGACUAUUCCUGGUGGGACCUCUUCAUGAAGAUCUGUGUUUUCAUCUUUGCCUUUGUGAUCCCGGUCCUCAUCAUCAUAGUCUGCUACACCCUGAUGAUCCUGCGCCUGAAGAGCGUCCGACUCCUCUCUGGCUCCCGAGAGAAGGACCGCAAUCUCCGCAGGAUCACCAAGCUGGUGCUGGUGGUGGUGGCAGUCUUCAUCAUCUGUUGGACCCCCAUUCACAUUUUCAUCCUGGUGGAGGCUCUGGGCAGCACCUCCCACAGCACAGCCGCCCUCUCCAGCUACUACUUCUGCAUUGCUUUGGGCUAUACCAACAGCAGCCUGAAUCCUGUCCUUUAUGCCUUCCUUGAUGAAAACUUCAAGCGGUGUUUUAGGGACUUCUGCUUCCCCAUGAAGGUGCGAAUGGAGCGACAGAGCACCAACAGAGUUAGAAACACAGUUCAGGAUCCUGCUUCUGCGAGGGAUGUGGAUGGGAUGAAUAAGCCUGUAUGACUAGUUGUGGAGAUGUCUUCUUACAGCUCUCUAGGUAGAGAGGAGUUCAAUGAUCUUGGUUUAACCCAGAUUACCACUGCAGUCUAAAAUGGAAAGAUGAGGUAUUUGAUAACGAAGACAUCUCAUGAUCUAAAGUCUUAAAGUCCAGGGUGCAGUAGUGAUCUAGCUGAACAGGGACAACAAGUCUGAAGAACAGAGCACAGGAGGUCCUGGCAACGAUAAUCCCAUGGCAGUGAAGCCAGUCUAAUCCCAACCCAUUCAUAAACAAAGAUAAGUCUCUUCUGGUUCCUUUGGUUUAGUUCACCUCCAGCUGUGUGACCUUCUUAUGCGACUUAGUUCCAAAGCUAUGGAGAAGAAAAUAAAGGAAAAAGCAAAGCAAACUAAAUCAUUGGAUCCAAAAGCUUAGUGGACAUCAAAACUACCUGUUAGCACUGGCAGAAACAACCAGUUAGAGUGGGAGCCUGUCAAAGGACAUACCCAGUUCAUACUCUGCUGGGUGGACAUGUCUCAAGGGUGGAAAGAAUGCUUCUUAGGAAGAACUUGAACUCAGACCCAGGCAUAAUGGUAGAGAGCGUCACGCUGACAUUUGUGAACUUGUUUAAAUCUGUGAAUGCUCUUCUCAGAAUGUUUAAUGCCUUGAAAGCUACAGUUUGCUGCUUACGAUCUCUGGGUUUUAGCACGCUAUUCAGGUAGGUAAUCUGAGAAAAGAUGUUAUAAAGUUAAGUAUGAAGCUUAUAUAUGAACAAAGUGUGUAUAGUUUCAUCUGUAAAUAGUCUAUGUGUAAAUAAGAAACAGGCUUCCUGUCCAGCCAGGCAGCCAGGACAAUUCUUAAGGGGGCAGCAGUGAUUCCCCCGGAAGCACGGAGAAUGGAUGCUGAGCUAUUAUGCUGCAAUGUACGUUUCUCUGGGACUCAGUCAUGUUGUAAUUUCUUCUGAAUUCCUCCAGCAUCGUUUGCUCUAUCACUGCUCUUAUAUUGGUGUUAAUAAAUCCCCUGACUUUGAAUUCACUCUAAGAUUUUAGUUUUGGUCAGAUCUACUUUGUGAUAACGUCUAUUUGUAAACACACAUCUAUUGCCGGAGUCUCUCCUCAAGUAGAGCAAAUUGUUUGGAUAAUGCGAAUCUUUCGAUAUGUUCUGACUUUCCCCAGUGUAUGCUGAAGAAGGAAAUGAGGCUUGAGGUGGCUGAGCACAGCUUGCAUGGCCAUGGGUAAGGGUGUACCUGUGGAGGCUAUUGUCUAAGAAACCUAUUCAGGAUAAUUUUGCUAUGUCUUCCAAAUGACAUAUAAAUUUCCCCUUCUUUAAAACUUAUGGUUCAGAGAUAAUGAAAUUUUUUUUUUGUAAUUUGAUUUGAAAGAAGAAGCAAAGGAUAAUUUAGAAAUAACAGCUAUUUCUAAGCUUGUACAUGGUUAGGGCCAGCACCCCUUAGAGUCUAAUGGAGCAUCUAAUGUGUGGACCUGAGGACUGUAGGCACGGUUCCAUCUCUGAGUUCUAACCGCCAGCUGUUUCACUGCUGCUGUUCCCUCUCUUCCUGGAGACCAAGGCUUGCAUAAAGGCAUGACACUCUCUGCAGAGUCACUGCCAUUAUAUUUAUCUCCAUUCGGGACUUUUAUACUACUGAAUUCAAUGGCGACAUUUUUAAGGGAACUGAAGUGCUCUCAUGAGGACUUCUUUUUUUUUCUUUUUUUUUCUUUUUUUAUUGAGAAAAGGAGAAGAAAAAAAAAACAAGUUUCCACCUCCUCCCAGCCUCCCAUUU